AUUGCGGGCAUAUUUAAGAAAAUGUGCUGCCUGUGUCGCGAUAAGACGCGAUGGAGUGGCGUACCGUAGUGAUAAUAGUGUUGGUCGUGAGUCUGUGCUUCUUUAUAAUACCAAUUAAAGUGAAGCCCAACAAAAAUGUCGAGGACGCCAAACUAUUUGAGAAUUACAUUGUCCAAUAUAAUAAAUCCUACAGGAAUGAUUCUACAGAAUAUAAAAAGCGAUUCGAGUGCUUUCAGAAAUCAUUGCGACACAUUGAAAAGAUGAAUAGUUUCCAAUCAUCUCAAGAAAGCGCGUAUUAUGGAUUGACGAAAUUUUCUGAUUUAUCUGAAGAUGAAUUCUUACAACAAACUCUGCUUCCCGAUUUAUCUUUGCGAAAUCAAAAACAUACGACGGCGUCAUAUUAUCAUCAGUAUUUUACGAACUCGAGUAAUCAUGGGAAAAGGGCGAUAAUACCCCCACCGAUACCCUCUAAAGUGGACUGGCGGAAUCGAGGGGUCGUAGGGCCAGUUCAAUACCAAGAUAAUUGCGGUGCGUGCUGGGCAUUCAGCACUAUCGGGGUGGUCGAAUCCAUGUAUGCCAUCAAAAACGGAACUUUAUAUCCCUUUAGCGUGCAAGAAAUGAUCGACUGUAUGCCGGGCAGUUACGGGUGCCAAGGCGGUGACACAUGCGCUUUACUUUCGUGGUUACUGGAAUCAAAAACUAAAAUCAUUUCUGAGAAUGUUUAUCCUCUUACAUUGCGAAACGAUCCAUGUAAAUUAUCUAAAACUUCUGCGAAGACGACGGGAGUUAAAAUAACGGAUUUUACAUGCAAUAGCUUUGUAAAUGCUGAAAGCAAUCUUUUGACAUUGCUUGGUACUCAUGGACCAGUGGUGGCUGGAGUGAAUGCUAUAUCUUGGCAGAAUUAUUUAGGCGGUAUAAUACAGUAUCACUGCGAUGGUUCAUUCAGCCAUUUGAAUCAUGCGGUACAGAUUGUGGGAUAUGAUAUGGCAGCGAGAAUACCACAUUAUAUCAUUAAGAAUUCGUGGGGCUCUACCUUUGGUAACAAAGGUUACAUUUACAUUGCGAUCGGUAAAAAUUUAUGCGGUAUAGCUAAUCAAGUCUCGACGAUUGAUCUCGAUAUUUUUUAAUCGACUACAACAUCGCAAAUCUAUUUAAGGAAACAGACUGAUUGUGAGAAGCCAAGGAUCAAUUAAAUAUAUAUA